AUUGGUGGUUGCUGGUGAUGAUAGUGAGCCUAUACGUCACGUCCAUGUGCGUUGUUCAACGCAUUGUUCAGGUGCAGGAAGAAGUUUGCCAAUGAGGAGGAGAGCUAGCACGCUUCAGCUGCCAGGCCUGUCGCAUUGCUUGUCCAAUAGAGCUCCUUAUUGCAUCGUAGAUUCAAAACCAAGGUGCAUUAAACAUAUCACUUGGGAAGCGAGAACAAAAACACGAUGUGCAAGAAGGAGCAGUCAAACGAUGUUGCACGUGCUGGAAAUCAAGGUUUGAAUGGCUCUGCCACUGGUGCCCCUCCAUCUCGAGGUCGCGGACGGGGCCGAGGGGCUAGAGGCACUGGCCGAGGCCGAGGCGGUCGAGGCAGGGGAGCAAGAGGAGGCAUUCUGGGCCCAAUGGGCUUUGAUUCGCAUCUUCUCGAGCAAUUCACGCAGGGAAAUUCAUCACCGCGCGGCAGUCGAGGCGGCUCGGGGAGUUUGACUCCCCGCGGCGCAGGAAGGGGCUCAAGAGGUCGCGGAGGCCAUCUUGCCGUGCAGGGUGCCAAUGCCGUUCAAUUCAACUACGAUGACCUCAACAAAAGAAGUGCUACCAGGAAUCGAGACAAGGCGAGCGGGAGUGCAGACACAGCGGUCGACGCUCAAGUGAUGUUGGCGGAGACAAAAGCACAACCGUCGAAUGCCGGUCUCUGGGACGGCGUCGCGUCCGAUUCGGACGACCCUAGGGAAGAUGUUGCCAUUCAGCUCCAUCAUUCUUACAAGCGCAAAGUUGUACCUCAUAGCGAAAUCCAACAUCCACCUUUCCCUGCAACCAGCUCGCCGAGCCAAGAACACACGGACUACGACCUCGCUGUUUCCUUGCAGCAGCAGCAAUUACUAGGUAGUAACACUGCUGCUAUGCCAUCAAAGGCGAGGAGAAAGAGGGCGGACAACAGUGGCCGGAUUAAACAGACGAAAUUUCCCGAGUUUUAUACCUCACGUGGAGUUGAUGAUGCUGGGCCUGCCUCUGCGCCUGGUGUCACUACUUAUGGCGGCAAGGCGAAUAAGAACCCCAAGAUUCGUCCGAUUGAGCAGGAAGGCGACGCGCGAUAUCUUGCUGGAAUACCACCGGCUUAUCGGGCGCAAUUCGGCCUCGGGCCAACUUGGGCCGCCAGGAACGGGGGCAGUGGCAAGUUUGACGGCGGAGACGGCUCUAAGUUUUCCUCAAGAGGACAAUUCGGAAAGCAGCUGCGCUUCUCUGGCGCCCGCGACGCAGACGAAGGCAGAGCGCGCCUGCAUGUUCCGAUCCUGUUCAAGAAAGCUGAAGGCGAAUGGAAGAAGGGCGAGUGGAACAAGCUGGAUGGCAGUGAUACCUCUCAGCAAGGCGAGGUCAAUGAGCAGGGCAGAACGCAAGAGGAUGCUAUCGACUUAGUGCAUAAAGCUGAGAAGGAAGUUCUGCGUCUUACCAGCAACUCUUCUGCCGCAUGGGCUGUCGGCGGGGCUGGACUCGGGUUCAAGCCGCCUGCAGUUGCCGAUGCACAAGUCGCACAUCCUCCAAGAAGGCAAGCUUACCAGCCACCAGAAAACAUCGAUCUCGACGCCCUCGUGAGGGAUGUCCUUGGUCCCGAGCUGAUCGCGUCAACAGAGAAAUUUGGCUCAGUGCAGCAAAUCGAGGCCGCUGCAGCCGCCGCUGAACGACAGGAUGCAUUUGUACGGCAUCUGCUGGCUGUGUAUCCUGGCAGCCAAGUGCUGCCGCAAGACCAGAAUGCCGAGAUGUCACAUAACCAGCAUUCUUCAUUCCCAGUCGGGUCGCUUGUGGCCAGAUCCGAGCUUUGCGAUCACGAUAAGUCUAAUAGUGAAGAUGACGAAGAAGAUGACGAUAUUGUUCUCAUCCCGCAGGCGUGGCUUCGUGACGGGUCGCAACCUGCUAUGGGAAGCUCGCAUCCAGGUGAGAGUGACUCGGAGGAAGAACGACAGCUGGAUCAGAUCCUUGCGGCGGCUGCAGCCCAAAGACUGGCAAGAGGCGAAGGUGCCCAGGAUGCCGAGACGCCCCAUGGCAAGCCGUCUAAGAACCAACCAAUCGUCAUCGACCUCGGGCAAGAGUCUGAGGAUGCAGCUGAUUCGCCGACUUUGCCGACUCCUACUACCGAUAUGGACACUGAGAUGCAGAGAGACCAAGAUCUUUUCGUCCUGGAUACCACCGGGGAUGCUGAGUUGAAGGACUCUGGGGAUUUGAGCUUACCCUCCUUGCGUCAAGGUGAGGUGAAGGAGAUUCUGGGGGAGGGCACGGCGCUAGUCGAAGCCAUUGAGCACACCGAAUUGCGCUCUAUCACCAUCCUUGAAGAGCCUAUCAGUGCACCCGCGGCAACGACUUCUGCAGUGGCAUUCUCCGCACUGCCGCCUGCGCCUCGAUCUAUCUGGAACGCGCUUAAUCGGCAGCCACGAGGGAAGGGCAAGAAGGCUCGGAAUGCCGGGAAGAAGGCUCGUAGGCGCCAGAGAGCUGAAGAAACCGUGCGAUCUGAGCGCUCGGCCAUGGUGCCUCGGAUCGGAGACUCGGACAUAGAAUGGGGCAGCGACGGGCCACCAGAAAUGCGGGAUGGGGAAGCUCUCGAUCAAGAUAUGCAAUUGGGCGAAGAAAGUGGAUCCGAUGAUGGAGAACUAUUCGGUGAAGCGCUCAGGAUUGCUCUUGCGGCAUCGGCUGGCGCACCUCAAUCGAAGGAGCAGGAUGACGCCAUGCUACAACUAGCCAUGCAAGAGAGUCUCAAAUUGCAGGAAGGCGUUGCAAGUGCCGGCGUAGCCGAUGGUGGCAAGGCCCAGAGCAGCAUCGUCAUUUUUCCGCCAAAAGCCGCGCAAGGACAACGGAAGCGUAAUGGCCGCCGCUUCCGCAAGCAGAAUGUCGAUGAAGCCAUUCUAGCCGACUAUUUGGCCAAUGCGAUGGGCAACGCCGACGAAGAGGAAGAGCACAUUGACACAAUCAACCCUUCCGCAACCUCGAAGUCAGAUGGCAAGAAGGACUCUGAGAUGGACGCCAUGUUACGUUUCAUGCGUGGCAUGAGCGCGAGCGGGCAUCGCGAAAUGACGCUGCAAGAUAUCGAAGACGAGAUGCGGCUUCGCGAAGAGGAAGAGUGGAUGACCAUGAGUGAGGAGGACGAUGAAAACGAGGGGGCAAGCGAUGAAGAUAGCGAUGGACUCGUGGAAGAGCUGGCUCAGAACGACAAGGACAACAUGUUGGACCGCGUAGUCCGAAUGGCAGAGGAAAAAAUGCUGCAGGAAAGCAAAUCGGACAACAGCGAUGCGGGCAAAUCGGACGAUGGCGAACGAGCCUUCGGAUCUAUCCAGGAGGAUGGUUGUGAAUCUUCGAAUUCGGAUUCAGAUGAAGACGUUGACGGCGUUAGCGACUCGGAUGAUGGCAUGUUCCGGGGUCGGAUGACAUGGGCAGAAGGCGAUGAAGAUUUCAUACGGAUGAUCGAAAAGCUCACUGAAGAGAACGCAGUUGUCAUCAGCGGCCGCGAUCGUAACGCACGCAAAAAGCUGUUCCGGCAAAUCGAGCGCGGAGACUUUGGUGAUCUCGUCGACGAUGAUGUCGUCAUUGAUGCGGAAGACCGCGUCGUUGGUAUCGGAUCAGUUCCUCCAGUAAAGGGAGGCAAGGAACGCAAGAAGCAGUGGAAGGAAGGCGACCUGUGGGCGGAUGACCUACAGCUGCAAUGGAACAAAGAUCGCGAGACGAAAGCAAUGAACAAGAAGAAGCGCGCAGCCGAGCGUCAAGCUGCAGCUGCGGAUCCUUUCCACAACACGCAUGAUAAAGGCGCCAAAUUGGAAAGGACGGCCAAGAAAGAAGCUAAACGCGCUCGUCGCCAGGCUCGUGCUCGUGGUGACUUGGACUAUGACGAAGACGUGGACGUAGAGGAUGGUGGUAGCGGUCUUCGCCACGCGGAGAACCUGAAUGAGCUCAACGGCCAAAUCCAGAUCUUCUUGCGUGACACAGGAAACGACACGAUGAGUCUGCCGCCCAUGGACAAACGAUCCCGUGCUCAAGUGCACAUGCUAGCAGCUGCAUACGGACUGAAGAGCAAAAGUCGAGGUACCGGAAAGGCUCGUUUCCCCGUCCUCAUCAAGCUCGCCAGGAGCGGUAUUGAGGUCGAUCACCGCAAGGUCUUGCGUAUUUUGUCAGGAAAGGCAACCAUGUGGGGUAUCGGCACGAAGGCUGCUGCGCGCGGCAAGGGCAAAGCGCCCAAGACGGUUGGUCAGACAGGCGGAGGUGCUCAUGCACCGCGUAAUCGCGAAGGGGCCGAGGUUGGCUUGGGAGCUGAUAAGAUUGGCGCGGAUAACAUUGGGCACAAACUUUUGUCUAUGAUGGGAUGGAAGGAAGGUGCAGGCAUCGGGCAGGUUGGAGGGAUUGCAGAGCCAGUGGGCGCCACAGUCAAGAUAACUCGUGGUGGCCUCGGCUUUUGAAACAGUACCUGCUUUGACUGCCGGACACGCAGACAGUUGCAGCAGUGCUUGAAGGAAUGCGGUGCCACAUGUGUUUCUACUGCUUCUGUAAUGAAGGCCUACCGGGGUGGCGGCGAAGGGCGCACGAGCAUGAUGUAGAAAAUUGAUUUCUGUACAACUCCUGCACUACACCAGAUCCCUUGGCCAUAAUCCAAAAUGGCAUGAGAUGCUCCGUC